UUGAGUUAAAUAUCAGUAACUUCUGCAGUAUUUUUAAAUUACCAGUUUAAGGCCCAUUAUGUUACUCUCUCGCAAGGAAAUCGUAUCGUUAUUGCUAUUCCUUACGGCGAUCAUUUCCGUGCUGAACGCGUCGGUGUUUGGGAACGUCCUGCCCCUCCACGUCAGUUAUGAGCAGCUGGCCCAGCAGGUGGUCUGCGUGGGAACCGCCUACAUUUGCCUGAUUUACGCCCUGAGCACCUGGUUGUACCACUCGAAUUAUUCCAGGACUCGUCUGCAUAUGCGUUUGGUGCUGUUGGCCAUGAUUUUGAUUAUGAUACUAUCUAACUGCUGUUCUACCUAUUUUUUCCUAAAGGCCUUUUCAUUUGCAAAACUAGGAGAUUCCAUGGAGCUGGUUUUCCUCUUUAGCAGCUUUGCAACGGCCUCCAAAUCGGUCAGCCUGAGCAUGUCGGCCAUUUGCGUAGCGCUCCUGGUCGUGAUCAUGGUGAUACUCAUUGUGACCAUCAUCCAGACGAGAAGGAGACGCCAACGGGACAGGGUGCGAAACCUCGAGUCGCAAAAGCAAUAAACUCAUCCUCAUUCCCGUGGGAGUGCACAUUAAUUUUGGUUUUCAUGCAGCGCCAAGCAUUUCAUGUCGCUGCAAUGUGGCGCCGCAGCUGCAAUAAUAUAAAUAUUGCACUCGUACGUCGUUUGGCACAGACAGACACGAACU